AUGGGUGUGGCAAAGAAGAAGCUAUCACCUAUCCCAAUAGCAGCAAAAUUUGAUUCGUGGUGGGGCAAUCACGACUUUGGUGCCUUUAUCAACAGCACUGCCGUCUACGACCCGAAUUUUGACUAUACUGUAUUUUCCCAAUUGGUUUCGGGAUACGCUAACAGCAUAGGUUGCACCGACACUUGUUAUGGUCAAAAACAGGUGUAUUGCGCAUUCGAUGUCUGCACAGCCAUGACUUACUUCAGCAUGAUCUAUGAAGUCGGAUCUGGUCCAUGUAUGGUCGAUGACGACUGCACUACGUUCCCUGGUUCCACGUGCAACACGAAAAAUGAACUAUGUGUCAAAAACCCAAACACUCCUCUCUGCCCACCGAAUGUGUAA